UUCAGGCUGGAGAUCCGGCUGCGUGUGUGCGCCCUGGACCCAGAAAACACACACUCCUGCCGUUAAAACCUGGACGUGUGUGCGUGUGUCGGUGUAGUCAUGAAUUCCACCUGAGCCCGGCAUGUGGUGAACCGGUUCUGGGCGUGGGGAGGACGGAGAGAGCAGCCGGUCUACUUGUUUGUCGGUGGGAAUAUUGUUGAAGUAAAGUUGAGCUGCAGCUGCGCGUUUAUUUCGCUCCAGUUUGACUCGACGGGCGCAGCUUCCGCACAUCAGGAUGUAAAUCUGGGAACUUUUUUAGCGAAGGACCGCUGACACAGAGGACGAGUUUUAUUCGCCAACUUUUGAUACCUUUGCGGAAUACAGGCAGAAGCACACGGCUGUGCGGAGACAGACAUCAGCGGCAGAUCCAGAGGAGGGAGAGCGAGGUGGUCCAUGUCAUCAGAGUUGAACAGGCCUGAUCACUGAACAGGGGAGUGAGGUGUUUGAUGUCACCAGAGAUCAGCAGGCCUGAACACUGAACAGACAUGAUGGAGCGGCGGUGGGCGUGGCAGUUUGCCCUGGUCGCCCUGGCAACCAUAUACCUCAGCCCCUCCCACGGCAAAAACGCGGAGUUCCUCUCCGACACCCUGAUCAACAACGUGGUGGCCGAGCCUCGCACAGGCCGGCUGUACGUCGGCGCCGUGAACUCCCUCUACCAGCUGACGCCCGACCUCGAGGUGGAGUCCCGCACCGAGACGGGCCCCAAACGGGACAACCGGCAGUGCACGCCGCCCGUCACCGACGCCUGCGAGGAGGCCGUGGACACCGACAACCACAACAAGCUCCUGCUGAUCCACGGCGCCAAGGACGUCCUGGUGGUCUGCGGCAGCGUCUUCAGAGGCAUCUGCUCUCUGAGGAACCUGAGCAAUGUGGAGCAGCUGCUGUACUUCAGCGACACCAAAGGAGAGAAGUCGUACGUGGCGAGCGCCGAGGAGAGCGUCUCGGUGGUGGGAGUGAUGUCAUACUUCACCAAGGACAGAGACAACUUCACCGUGUUCCUGGUUGGUAAGGGAUACGGCAGCCAUGACAGCACCAAGCUGAUCUCCACCCGCAUCCUCCAGGACUACGGUGAUUGGGUGGUUUUCGACAGCAUCAUCGAGGCCUCGGCGGUCCAGGCCAACCCUUUCGUCCUGCGGUACCUUCACGACUUCCGCUUCGCCUUCAAAGAUGGCGGCUUCGUGUACUUCCUGUUCUCGCGGACGCUGGGAGUUCAGGACACCAAGAACUUCACCUUCAUCUCCAGGAUGUGCGAGGACGAUCAGGGUUAUUACUCGUACACGGAGCUGCAGCUCAACUGCAGCGCUACAAACAAGUACAACAAGGCUCAGGCUGCUUAUGUAGCGACGCCAGGUCAAGUUUUGGCUCAGAGUAUGAACAAAUCCGGCCAGUAUGGACCAGUUUCAGCCUCUGACAAGGUGCUGUUUGUCACCUUCACGUCUGAUGAAGACCCCUCUACUUCUGCCAUGUGUAUGUUCCCUCUGCGCUCUAUUAACAAAAGGCUGGUGGAGAUAAUAGGAGCCUGUUACAGCGUCAACGGCAACAUUAACGAGAGGGCUGCCGUCUACUCGCCUUACUCCUCCAAGUCUGAAGAGCUGUGCAGCAGCAGUAAUCAGAAAAACAUGGCCCUCAGAUACAAGUGUGGAGCCGAGUUCCUGCCCUCCCCACUGGCCAGCAAGGCCGAGUUCGCCUUAACAGCCGAGCCCCCGUUGGUCCGGAAGGGUCACAUGACCGCUGUUGCCGUGGCUGUGGAAAUGGGGCACGCUGUGGCGUUCCUGGGCACUGCCACUGGAGAGGUGCUAAAGGUGCAUCUCUCAGCCCAUCCUGAGGUGUAUGGGCGAGCACCAGCCGAAGUCACCGGAGACAAGGUCAACAAGAACCUCCUGUUCGAUUCCAGCCUCCAACACCUGUACAUCACCACCGAGAAAAAGAUCACCAAGGUUCCUGUCCAAGCCUGCCACCUGAAGACAGACUGCCACUCCUGUGUCUCCAUGAAGGAUCCGUACUGUGGCUGGUGUGUUCUGGAGGGAAAGUGCACCAGGAAGCAGGAGUGUAGCAGGUCGGAGGAGGAAAACACCUGGCUCUGGUCACCCAAUCAGCAGUGUGUUCAGAUCCAGUCCUUCGACCCGCCGAACAUCAGCUGCAAGAAGACUCAGCAGGUGGAUAUCCACAUACCCACCCACCCCAGACUGAGGCCUUCUGAUAGCCUGCAGUGUGUCUUCGGCUCCUUCGUCAGCGGAGCUGUGAUGGUGUUCGACAGUCAGGGACUGAUCACCUGUUCGCUGCCCGAGCCCGUGGACAUCCCACCCACGCCCGACCAGCAGGACUAUGUGUCUGUCCCAGUCAAGGUUCUGGUGAAUGACCAAAUCGAGGUGACGUCUGGAGAGUAUCAUUUCUACAACUGUGCUGCGACAGUCAGGAAGAACCAAAACACACCGUGUAUAGCCUGUGUGACCAGUGAAUGGGGCUGUCAGUGGAACGCUCGGGAGCACAGCUGCAGUGACAGAGAUGAUGCUGUAGAUGGCGAUCACAUAGUUAAACCACAGCAGCCUCACAGUUGUCCUCAGUUUGAGUCUCCGGAGCCGCUGUUAAUCCCUGUGGGCUUUGAAAUCCCCAUCAGCUUCCAGGGCCGAAACCUUAACAUCUACAUGGGCCGGAAGUUUACCAUCGGGACGGAGCUGAUGAAGCACACAGACAAGGAGGUCACACAGGAGCAGGAGUCAAAUUUCAAAUUCUCAGGUUAUGAGUUUGCCUAUGACAAGCAGCAGGAGGUGAAUGUAUCCUUCCAUAUUAAAGAAAGAGACACUGAGAGGAAGAUUGACAGCACCCUGACAGUCGUGCUGUAUAACUGCUCCGUGGGAAGAGAGGACUGCAGUCUGUGUAAAAACGCCGACGCCAUGUACCAGUGUGUUUGGUGCGCAGCCACGCGCACGUGUGUUUACCGGGAGCUGUGCCCGUCGCCGCAGCCGGCGCAGUGCCCCAACCCGGAAAUCACAGACAUCAUCCCUCGAUAUGGCCCUCUUAACGGUCGGAUCUCUGUGACCAUCAAAGGCUCCAACAUGGGAAUAAAGAAGGAAGACAUUAAGAAGAUCACAGUGGCCGGAGUGGAGUGUGUUCACCAGCAGGACAGAUACUCGGUGUCUACCAGCGUGGUCUGUGAGAUCGGCCCAGCGAGGAGAACUCCACCCUCCGACCUCCCGUUUGAGCCAAACAACAGCGGAGCCGUGGAGAUAGAAGUGGAGGGAGACAGAAGAGGGACGUCUCAGGUCAUUUUCACCUAUCGGGACCCCAAACCAGUCUCCGUCCAGCCAGCGAAGGGUCCGGCAGCCGGAGGAACCGUGAUCACCAUCGAAGGAGAAGACCUGGACACCGCGACGAAAGACGACAUCGCCGUCACUGUGGGGGCAGUUCCCUGCGAAGUCCUGUCGUUCGGCACGUGGAUCACCUGUAAGACCGGGAGGUAUCGAGGGCAGAAGGUGCCCUCUGACCCGUUAACGGUGGUGGUGAAAUACGGUAAAAACACCACCAAAGACAUCCCAGCUGCAUACCAAUACUCUGAAAACCCCAAGAUCACAGAUUAUUACCCCAAGGCCAGCUUCUUAUGUGGUGGUCGAAAGAUUGUGGUGGUGGGAAGCGGAUUUGACCUGAUCCAGAGAGCUACAAUGAAAGUCCUGCCCUCCACUGACGAGUUUUCACAGAACACCACUCCUGUAGAGUUUGUCCAGGAGGCUCUGAGUAAGAACGACACCGUCCUCCAGUUUCACUCCCCGCCGGUGAACUGCUGCUCCGACAGCCAGUCCCUCAGGACGCUUCUCCAGCUGGACAACGUGAUGGAGGAGCUGAAGGGCUUCGACUACCACCCCGACCCCACCUUCAACAAGCUCGCCAAGAACGUCAUCACCGAGACCAGCAUCAUCAUCGUGACCGGUCGAGGUUUCUCCAAGGCCAUGACGGCCAAAGAGGCCCAGGCGUUCGUCGGAGAUGCUUUGUGUCACGUUAACAUACUGCAGGAUGAUAAGUUGAUCCUGGAGGCUCCUUCAUCGCAGCCCAGAGCCAGAUCCAAACGCCAGCGCAGAGACACAACCAACGACCUGCUGGAGCUCGUGGUAAAGUUUGGUCAUGGCGAGUGGAUGGUGGGUUCGGUCUACUACGCCAGAAAAGACGACAUUCCUCUGGCUAUCAUCAUCCCCGCAGUCAUCGUACCGAUGCUGCUCUUCAUCGCCGUGUCCGUCUACUGCUACAGGAGGAAGAGUCAGCAGGCAGAACGAGAGUACGAGAAGGUGAAACACCAACUGGAGAAUCUGGAGGAAAGUGUCCGAGAUCGCUGCAAGAAAGAGUUCACAGAUCUGAUGAUUGAAAUGGAGGACCACACCAGUGACCUGAGCGAGGCCCGGAUCCCCUUCCUGGACUACAAAACCUACACGGACCGAAACUUCUUCCUGCCCUCCAAGGACGGCGCCAACGACGCCAUGAUCACAAGAAAACUACAAAUACCAGAACCCCGCAGGGCCAUCGUGGCUCAGGCGCUUAACCAGUUCUCCAACCUGCUGAACAGUAAAACCUUCCUCAUCAAUUUCAUCCACACGCUGGAGAGCCGUCCGGACUUCAACGCCCGAGCUCGGGGCUACUUCGCCUCCCUGCUGACGGUGGCGCUGCACGGAAAACUGGAGUAUUACACGGACAUCAUGAGGACGCUGCUGCUGGAGCUGAUGGACGAACACGUGCAGAGCAAGAACCCCAAACUCAUGCUGAGGAGGUCAGAGACGGUGGUGGAGAGGAUGCUUUGUAAUUGGAUGUCCAUCUGUCUCUAUCAGUUCCUCAGGGACACUGCAGGGGAACCUUUAUACAAACUGUUCAAGGCCUUGAAGCACCAGGUCGAGAAGGGUCCAGUGGACGCCAAGAUGAAGAAAGCCAAAUACACCCUGAACGAUACAGGACUGCUGGGGGACGACGUCGAGUACUCUGUGCUGACUCUGCAGGUGUUGGUGCACGGGGAGGGACCAGAUGUGACUCCAGUAAAGGUGUUGAACUGUGACACCAUCUCACAGGUGAAGGAGAAGAUCAUCGAUCAGGUCUACAGGAAUCUGCCGUACUCACAGAGACCGAAGGUGGAGAGCGUUGCACUCGAGUGGCGUCCUGGCUCCACGGGGCAGAUCCUGUCUGACCUGGACUUGACUUCCCAGAAAGAGGGACGCUGGAAGAGACUGAACACACUGGCUCAUUACAACGUUCGAGAUAACGCGACGCUGGUUCUGUCCAGAGUUCUGCACACACAGUCCUUCCACCAGCACCAAGACAGCUACGAAGAGAAAAACUCGCUGCUGGAGGACGACAACACCUUCCACCUGGUGAGGCCGGCAGAUGACAUCGACGAAGUGAAGUCGAAGAGAGGAAGCAUGAAGGACAAGGCGAUGACCAAAGCCAUCACUGAGAUCUACCUGACCAGGCUGCUGUCUGUCAAGGGCACGCUGCAGCAGUUCGUGGACGAUUUCUUCCGCAGCGUGUUGUGUUCGAGCUCAGUCGUCCCUCCGGCCAUCAAAUACUUCUUUGACUUCUUGGACGAGCAGGCGCUGAGACACGACAACGUGGACGAGGAGACGCUGCACAUCUGGAAGACGAACAGCUUGCCUCUGCGCUUUUGGGUGAACAUCCUGAGGAACCCCCACUUCAUGUUCGACGUCCACGUGACGGAGGUGGUGGACGCUUCGCUGCACGUCAUCUCUCAGACCUUCAUGGACGCCUGCACCAAGACGGAGCACAAACUCAGCAGGGAGUCUCCCAGCAACAAGCUGCUCUAUGCAAAAGAGAUUUCAACGUACAAGAAGAUGGUGGACGAUUACUACAAGGGCAUCAGACAGAUGGUUCCAGUCAGUGACCAGGACAUGAAUACACACCUUGCUGAGGUGUCCAGGCAACACACAGACAAGCUGAACACCCAGGUGGCCUUACAUCAGCUGUACCAGUACGCCAGCAAGUACUACGAUGUGAUCAUCCAGUCGCUGGACGAGGACCCAGCAGCCCAGAACAGACAGCUCACCCUCCGCCUCCAACAGAUCGCUGCCGCCCUGGAGAACAAGGUCACUGACCUCUGACCUCUGACCUCAGGGAGGGGUCAGGGGGAGGAGCUAACGGCUACUGAAACGCAGGAUGUUGUUUUCCAUUUUAGGACUCAAAGGAGGACGAGCUCACGGACUCUAACGAAUGUUUGACCAUGUAAGGACUGAAGUGGGAGGGGCUAGUGGAGCCACAGGAAGCUGUUGACCACAUAACGAGGACCAGGAAGGGUGAGGAAUGGAGAGUUUGGACAAAUGAAGUGUUAGUGGUGGAAACUGAGGCGCUGACAUCUACUCCGGCUGUACGGCUUACUUCCACAUGGCAUCCCUAAACAAACACCAAGGUGGUACGCAAACGGCGACCGUAAUACGGCUGCAGACGGGAGCUCUGCGAAAUCAACGAGUGAUUUUCUUAAAUGGUAGCUAAGGCGUUCGGUUUGUGUUUGGCUUCUCUGCACCACAAAUUUUAUUUUUAACAUACAAGGACUGAAGAUUGAAGAUUUUUGGAUAAUUGAAGAAUAUAAUUGAAGUAAUGAGACAUUGCCAAAUAUUUUCUUUUUGCUACUCAACUCUUUUGGAAGUUUGGAUUGGAAGCACGGAUGCUCCAGGACGCUUCGUGACCACUUUUUCCUUAUCAUAUUACGGCGAAGUGUAUGAACUGUGGAUGUAAGUGAAUUUGCCUCUAACUCCUGAUCUGAGGUCAGUUUUUCUGUCGCCACAUUAAAUGGCAACCAGGAAAUCUGAUCUCUUGUCAGCAACAGAGAAUGCUUUCAUCCCAAAGCGUGAAAAUGCUUGGAUGAACUUUUCCCUUCAAACUAAAAAUAAUCAACCAAUGAAAACCCACUACGGUACACACCACUGACCAAUCAAGGGUUCUGGUUUGUCUUGAUGGCACAACUGUGGAGAGUAAAUUCAGGGUACGAUGAGUUAAGUCCAAAAAUCAAACUGCAACAUAGACUUUUCUUGUAUCAUGGCCAAAUGUUGUUUUUCAUAUCAGAUUAGCUGUGGUGUGUGUUUCUAUGCUGAUGACACUGUGCUGGUGACUCAAAUCACAGCUGAACCAUUUUCUCUUUAGUUUCUUCUUCUUUGUAUGCAGGCUGUAAGCAGGCUUUGCAUUUCCAUAUACAACAGGAAGUUUAUCUUUUUAAUAGACCGAUACAGUGCCACUUAGUUUUUUCUUUUUUAAAGUGUUAAUCAGGGUGGUCCAUGUCAUAACCUGUGUGUGUGUGAGUGCGUUAGUGUGAGUGAGUGAGAGAGUGAGUUCAGUAGUUAUCAACACCGUUGCCACUCGGACCAGCUUGUUUUUACUGUAUGUGAGAAAUCAUGUCUGCCUGAUCAUGUGGUCUAAACAGCCACGACAGCCAAACAACACUUUUAUUUUGAAGUGUGAUUUGUUUUUAUAAUCUGCAUAAUGCCACUUCUUUUGAAUACCCCUUCAUAUAUAAUGCUGCAUCUUUUUUUUUUUUUUUUUUUUUUUAACUUUUCUGUUGAACUCCACACUUGAAGAAAGAGUCUUCUGGGGAUGGAUCCAUGGAUCCUUUAAAAAGGUUUAAAACAAAUCCAAAUCUAAGGCGGUAACAUGUUCAAUUGGAUUAAAUCCAGUCUUUAUAGGUGGCAUACGUGCAUUGCCAGCAUUCUUAGAGCUGCAUCGUGACAAAAAAAUAUGCAUCCAAUGCAACUAGACUUCAGCUUUCUUGAUUUCAGCAGGUUAGUGCAGUUAGCAUCAGCACUGCUGUCCUGUUCUAACUUACAUAAGUUUAAAACAUGCAGCCAAAAAUCUGGAUGUCUCCGAACAAUUUACGUCCCUCCUGCUUUUUGUUGAAGGGAGGUUUAGGAUGCAUAAAAACAAAUCAAAUACAAUUAAGGCAUGACAAAUAUUUUUCACACAAAAUGUUCUGUCUGUAUUUUUGUGCACAUACCUGUAGUUGUUAUGCAGCACCUGCAUGUGCCUCCGCCUCAUUCUGCCCAUUAAAUGUCUCAUAAGGUUCACGAGGUUUGUUUCAUCAGAAAUCAGCUGCUUUGUCGAUCAGUCCUGCACAAACCCUGUCCAUAAAAUUUUGUGUAACAGUGUCAUCAAUGUGUCGAUAUUCAAGAUGUAUUUUUAAAAAGCUCCAUAAAGCAGAGUGAAGAAAAACAUGUCAGCUGUUUAUUAGAGAAAUAUGGGAUAAAAAAAAAUCACUACAUCAAACAUGUGAUCAUUUAUAUUAUUAAGCACUCUGUGAACGAGUGAACUGAGGACCAAGUUAUUAGAUGAUGUAGUGCAGUCUGUGGGUUUAAGUGCCGUUACACACCUGAAGUGUAAAUUUAUCUUCUCCUGUGCUACACAGUAUUAAUCACCAUCACCAGAGAGUCAUCAUAGAGCUGCAUUAAUGUUUGCCUUCUGAGCCCAGACCUCGUGCUUUCUGUAGUGCUUGAGUUAAUAUGAAAUAUUAAAUAUGCAGUUUGUAAGUUGGAUGAUGGACCUUCAGUUUCUGGGAAAGAAGAAAUUGUGCUCAAAGCUUCUUUGUGUUUUUGCUUUGGGGUUUUUCUGUGAAGUUGGAUUUAUCGAUUCCUGCGAGGUUUCAAGUCUUACAAACUGCAUCUUUAAAUUCUGAAGCAAUACGACCUUAAGGCCGGUGCUGUGACUUUGUACUCACGUCUCCUUAAAGUGUGGAUGGACGCCCGGCGAGGUUUGGCACCCGACGACCUCCGGAUACAAAGACUGAAAUAAACCCAUCGUAGCUUUUUUAUUUCUGCUUCUCGUGAGCUUUCUGUGGGCAUUUCUCUCUCAGAAAUUUGUUUUUCAAAGCCACUUUGGUGCCAAAUAACUUCAAGAACCUACCAUGUGUGUUUUAUCAGUGUGUGUAAGUUCCAAGCAUUGGACUGUCGCCUGACUUUUAUGUUUUGAGUGUAGAAAUAAGAAAUAAGGGGAACAAACAAUUGUGUGUGAAACAAUCUGGUGGUACUUUUAUAAAAACUGUUGAAAUGUGAAACUUUUUGGGAGGUUGUUUUCAGUGAUGUUGAUGUUCAGACAGCAGAAGAUUUUUGGCCAAAUUCCACCAGCUUUUCAAAUUAAACUGUCACUUUUUGUUGCUUUUGAUGUUCA